AUGGAAAUGUAUAUUAUAUUUUACUUUUUUCUUAAAAAAAGAUUAUAUAAAACAAUUAACAUUUCCGCUACUGCUGUAUAGGAAGAGAUAUAAGUAGCUAAUAUUUUAGAAAAUUCUACAAUUUACUUGGACAUAACCUAAUUGAAUUUAUAGAAUGUAAUUAUUUAGAGAGAUCUAAAUUUACCAGAGUUUACAAUAAAGAAUUUUUUUAAUAAAUUAAUUUCAGGAGAAUCUAUAAAAUAAUUUGAUAUUUUUCAUCCUUCAAAUUCUUGUCUUUACUCUACAAAUGUGGAAGUUGUGAAAAUAUUGGCGAUAAUACUAUAAAUAGUUCUAAUAAGUUUAUGGACUAUGAUCUCUAUUUUAAUCUCUGUUAAAGGUAGUGUUGAAACUGCUAAUAAAAUUGAACAUGAACAUAAAUUAUUAAAAUGA